AUGGAAAAGUCAAUCAAUGAACUAGAGGGCGGCGCCACAGGAGAGUCCAAGCCAUGGUCUAGUGCCUGCAGAGACAAACAUCCCCGCCCAACCUGGGGUAGUAAAGUGCAGUAUUACCUUGCUCAGGUUGGCUUCUCAGUGGGUCUUGGGAACGUUAUUUGGCGGUUUCCUUAUUUAUGUCACCAUAAUGGAGGAGGGUCUUUCCUGUUACUUUAUUUUCUGUUACUCCUCAUAAUUGGAAUCCCCCUAUUCUUCCUGGAACUUGCUGCGGGACAAAGCAUCCGUCAGGGUAGCAUUGGUGUGUGGAAGCACAUUAGCCCUCGACUGUCUGGUAUCGGCUUUGCUAGUUGUAUUGUGUGCUCCUUUGUGGCUUUGUACUACAAUGUAAUAAUUGGAUGGAGUCUCUACUACAUGUUCAGCUCAUUCAGUUAUCCACUACCCUGGGAGAACUGCCCAACGCUAUUUAACCAAACUGAAAAAGUUCCAGAGUGUGAAAAGAGCUCACCUACCACAUACUUUUGGUACCGAAAUGCCCUUGAUAUCACCGAUUCCAUUGAUACUAAUGCUGGACUGGAUGGACCAAUGACCGGUUAUCUCUUCUUUGCCUGGGUCUUAGUUUGUGCAGGAAUGAUCAAAGGAAUCAAGUCUUCUGGAAAAGUGAUGUAUUUCAGUUCAGUCUUUCCUUAUGUUGUCCUCUUCUGCUUCUUGAUUCGCGGACUUUUGUUGGAAGGUGCUGUGGAUGGGAUAAGCAUCAUGUUUACACCAAAGCUGGAGAUUUGGGGAGAUGUACAAGUGUGGCGGCAAGCGGCUACACAAGUGUUUUUUGCAUUGGGCCUUGGCUUUGGAAGUGUAAUUGCCUACUCUAGUUACAAUGAUCGUUACAACAACUGCCACUUUGAUGCCAUUCUAGUAUCCUUCAUCAACUUCAUGACCUCCAUCUUGGCCACCCUUGUGGUAUUUGCGGUUUUGGGCUUCAGAGCCAAUGUCAUUACAGAAAAAUGCAUUGAGAACAACAUGAGGAGCAUUUUUGACUUAUACGAUAAUGGCACCUUACCAUUCGACUUGUUACCAGUGAAGAACCUGACCAAUGACGACUACAGUCUAUGGUAUCAGAUGACAAACAGUACAUUCAACUUGCAGAAGUAUGGGAUUGAAGACUGCCGGGUUGAAAAUGAAAUGCAGAAGGGCGUGGAGGGGACUGGCUUGGCAUUCAUUGCCUUCACUGAAGCAAUUACACACUUACCUGCUUCUCCAUUUUGGUCUAUACUUUUCUUCCUUAUGCUUUUGAACCUGGGUCUCAGCACUAUGUUUGGGAACAUGCAGGGAAUCAUCACUCCGCUGCUUGACAACUUCAAAUGUUUGCGCAAGAGGAAGACGAUAUUCACAGCUUGUUGCUGUGUUUUUGGCUUCUUGAUUGGAUUGAUCUUCGUCCAGCGGUCUGGGAAUUAUUUUGUGUCUAUGUUUGAUGACUAUUCAGCAACGUUACCCCUCAUCAUUGUGGUGAUUUUCGAAAAUGUGGCUGUAGCUUGGGUGUAUGGUGCAGAUAGGUUUAUGGAAGACAUUAAAGGGAUGUUGGGCUUUCGUCCCUGGAGGGUGUAUAAGUACAUGUGGCAGUAUAUCAGCCUCCUUGCCAUGAUUGGUCUUCUUUUUGCAAGCUUGAUCAAGAUGUGUAUUGCUCACCCGACCUACAAAUCAUGGAACAUGGAGAAGGCACAAGAAGUGGCAUUGCCAUACCCAUCCUGGGCUCUAGGCAUGCUUGUAAGUUUGAUUGUAUUGGCUUCUUUACCCAUUCCAGUAAUGUUUCUGAAGCACAUCACAGAAGAGUGGCUACAGAGAAAGAGAAACAAGACCUUUGGCCAGUGUGAGUACAUCCAAGGAAAUACCACGGAUGAAAUAGCGGCAACAAUGGAUGAGAGCCCAGCAGAUGUAGGACAUGUGGGGAAUGGUUAUCUGCCUGUGGAGAUGGAAGACUUUGCUGAAAGGGGGAAACUUCUAAGCAACAGUGAAGAACCUUAUGAGGAUCAAACAGAGGAAAAUACAGAUGUAGCCAGCUAAAUAUUUCAUUUUAAAAAUAUGUUGGGAUUUAAAUAAGUAAUCUGUUACACGGGAAAAAUAACACCAUAAAAAUAAUCUCUAAACUGUGCCGAUAUGUGAAUGGUGCCAAGCGGACAAGCCGGAUUUGUCUGAUUGUGAUCAAAUACUACCCCUAGAUAAAGCUGCAUGCUGCUUUCUACAUUAACAUUUUGUUGAAUCAGUAAGAUUGUUGUGCCAUUUGGAAACAAAGAAGGGGUUCCUUUUUUCUAAGCUGCUUCCCACCAGUAUUUAGAGUUUCUACCUCUCUUACUGACGUCACUAAAUGUUUGGACUUUUUUAUUGAAAGAAAACAAAAAAGGUACAGAUGCAUAUAAAGCAUCAGUUUUGUAUAAUUAGUUGAUGCUUGUAUACGCUCUUUCCUCAGCGUGUACAACAAAGGAGAUAGUAUGUUCUUGCGCUAGUAUGUAUCAUGAUUAUCACUUGAAACUGACCCUAGAAGGGAAAAAAUUGGUGGUGUUACAACAAACACUAAGCACUUUCAUUGGCUGAUGACUAUCAUUAUGGAGCCCUCACGGAAAGGAAAGCGACAUCUUCAGGAAAUAUGAUCUGUAAAAGACUUGCGGACCAGAACCCAGGCAAAUGAAUAUGCCUAAUUUGUAUCAGGUCUAAUUUAUCUGUAAUAUUUCUGGAUACUAGUUACUGAUUUUGUAAACCAGAGUAUCCCUCACUAAAACAUCAUCUCCUUUUUAUUUUGCACCUUGUAAUUUAUUUAAUUGUGUUUCCUAUAAAAACAUUGAUUUCUUCCUAAACCUUUUCCCAAUGCUUGAAGGAAUGAUUGUUUUAGUCAUAUCAUAUGAUAUGUCCAAUAUAAAGGCUCAAGAAGACAGACACAAUGGUUAACUCAGUACUACAUUAUGAAGUAUAGAGAUACAUUGUCCGUCUGUUUUUGUGUUCAGGUGUAUCUAGAUAUUUUUAUUUCUGUAUAUAUUGCUAUUUAUAGCUUUGCAUUCAAGCUUUUUAGAGAUGUAUAUUUUGAAGAAAAUAGUGGUUAUAAAACAUUUACUAUAUAAUUAGGUUGAUCACAAUCCUUUAGAAAAUGUUAUCAAAUAGAUUUAUCUACAAAAAUCCCUGUAGACAUUAAUGGUGAUAUUCUGUAAAAAAAAUCAUUAGAUUGUGAUCAACCUCUAUAUUUUCAGUUCUGUUACGGCAUUAGUAUUUUAUGCAAUGCAUAAUUCGGUUUAAAAUAAUUUGCUGUCAGAGGCUCUUGAGUGUAGUGGCACUCGCAUUUAAAGGAAUAGAAAGGUCAAAAUUGAAAUAUGCAUCGGUGCAUUUCAAUUUAAAAAUAUAAGAAUUUUUCCAAUAUACUUCCAUUAGCAAAAAUAUUACUAGUAAGUUACUACUGUUUUCAGCAGCAUACGCACAUAUGCUUUGAGGGCCUGUGCACCAACAUUCAAUACCCAGACUUUCUCAAAGAGCCAGCAGUGGAUUGUAUGGCACGUCUUCACAAUACACACCACUGCCCGCUACUGAAUACUAGCACAUGGGCCCUCACAGCAUAUCUGUGUAUGCCGCUGAAAAGCAGUCAUAACUUUUACUAGAAGCUUUUUUGCUAAUGGAAAUAUAUUGCAAAAAUGUUUUUAUUUAAAAUUGAAAAGCACCCAUACACAUUUCAAUUUUUACCUUCAUAUCCCUUUAACAUUAUCUUAGCUUGCCAUUCCAGCUAACGAUUAAAAUCCAGAGGAAGCUUUUUAGUUAGUGGCUUUAAGAAUGAAUAACUGAUACAGUAUUUAGCAUAACUGUUCUAUUUGACAGGGUUAAAUUAUAUUAAUUAAUAAUAUAUAUUGUAAAAAGGUUUGAAGAUGAAAAAUAGAUUUGCACAGUAAAACUUUAUAUAUAUAUAUAUAUAGUAGUCUCUGUUUUGGUCUUCCUGUCUCUUUUUUUUACAUUUUUUGUGUAUUUCUGUUGACUUCUCUCUAUCCCUUUUAAAUGUUUAAAUUCUAGAAAAUGAUGCAGAAGAUAAGUAACAUGUCAAGAAAGGUGUAUUAUAAUUCAUUUCAGAUUAUAAAGACAUGUGUUUGCUAAGUAGUCAGAAUCUGUGUUAAUCAAUUUGUUCUUGAUUAGGAGACUUGUUACAAAGCACCUCCUGAUAGUUUUGUUAAUAGACUACUAGAAUGCUAGAAUUUUUAUUACAAAGUAAUUAAAGGGACACUCAAGUCAAAAUUUAAACUUUCAUGAUUCAAAUAGAGCAUGCAAUUUUAAACAAUUUUCCAAUUUAUUUCCAUUAACAAAAUGUGCACAGUCUUUUUAUAUUUACACUUUUUAAAUCACCAGCUCCUACUGAGCAUGUGCAAGAUUUCACAGAAUAUACGUAUAUACAUUUGUGAUUGGCUGAUGGUUGUCACAUGAUACGGGGGGAGUGGAAAUAGAUAUAACUUUGAAAUUUGUCAGAAAGAAAAUCUACUACUCAUUUGAAGUUCAGACUAAGUGCUAUAGCAUUGACUUUUUUUUAUCAUGCAUUUGUUGUUUAUGCAAAUCUACUGUAUUUACUGGUCCUUUAUAUAAGAAUACUGCAAAUGUGGCCCCAGAAAUGAUUUUUGUUAAUUACAAGUGCCAUAUUUUGUUGAAGAGUACAGAUGUGUCAAAGCAGGAGUUUAGUACAUAUUUGCAAUUACGUAUUUUAACAUUUUCAGCAGUGGCCUUGUGCAGACUGCAAAAUGUCAUUGGAACAUUGUUUGAACCAAUUUAGUAAUGCAAAAAAAUAAAUGAAACAAUGAAAUGGACAACUAUUUUUCUAUCAUGUAAAAUAAUUGUAUGUAAUACUUGUUGGGUGAUUUUUAAAAUUGUACAAUUUGUGUAGUGUGAACAAACCUGUGAACACUUGAGAGUUCAAAUUGAAUUUUUUUUUAUAUUAGUGAAACUACAAUGCAAAUUGUAAGACAAUAAAUCUACAAUUAUUCCUAAGAGGAAAAAACGUUAAAUAGUCUAUAGUCUUUUACUUGUACACACAUUUAUACACAACCUUCUCUUUCCAUCAAAAACAAAUCUGUUCAAAUGCCUAGUUUCCAUUGCUGUUUUAAACUGUGUAAACUAUUGGUAACAUAAAACAUCUCCAUAGACGUUAAUGGAGACACUUGUUACCACCAGUUUACAACAGCAAUGAAAAGUAGGCCAAAGUCUAGAUUACAAAUAAUUGCAUGUCUAGCAUUCACACACUCAUACCAUUAUGACCAAAAAUCUAAGUUCAAAUUGAAAGGUACUAGAAAGGGGCUGUACAAAUGCAAAUUAUAUUACUCUUUUGUUUAUGCAAUGCUUAUUUUAAAGGGACAUUAUACACUCAUUUUUUCUUUGCAUAAAUGUUUUGUAGAUGAUCUAUUUAUAUAGCCCAUAAAGUGUUUUUUGUUUUUUUUAAAUGUAUAGUUUUGCUUAUUUUUAAAUAACAUUGCUCAGCUUUUUAGACUCCUAACCAAGCCCCAAAGUUUUAUGUGAAUACUGUCAGCUACCUUCUCCAGCUUGCUCCUGUUUGUUUAAUGGGUCUUUUCAUAUGCAAAAGAAGGGGGAGGGGGGAGUGUCUUAUUUCCCACUUGCAGUGGGCUUUCCAGCUACCUUUUCAACAGAGCUAAACUGAGAGCUUGUAAGUGAGUUUUUAAACAGUUUUAUACUGGAUUUUUGUAUCAGUGUCUGUGCAUCUUAUUCUUUAUAGUAGUGUCUAUUACAUUCAGUUAUAUGAAAAUGAGUGUAUACUGUCCCUUUAAUGAAAACAAACAUUGGAUGGUAUAUUCAAAAUAUUUACCUUACCCUAAAGUUGAACACUUUAUUAAGGUAUCUGUAGUGUGCACAAGAAUCUCAGAUAUGUCUCUGAUCGGAUAUGUACAUAUAAAGACAAGUCCAAGGACUUGGGAUGAAUAAUGAAGAAAUAGGCACGCAGGGCAAUCCAUAAAGUCACAGAUUAACAGGACACGUAUGCAGGUAAUGGCCAUAAGGGCUGAUUAAGCAUGUUUUGGUCAGGACGCUUGCAUGUAAUGGACAGCAGGACACAUUUAUGCAUGUAAGGGGUAACAGAACACACCAUGCAGGGAAAGCUAUGCAGGUAAUGGUCAGCCAGACAUAGAAUGCAGCUAAUGGACAGCAGGACACAUAGGGGGCGAUUUAUCAUGGCCCGAAUGGGGCCAAAUGCAUCUGUUUCUGCCUGAGCCUUCAGGCUCGCCCGAAACAGGAGUUAAGAAACAGCAGUCUUAAGACCGCUGCUCCUUAACUCAUCCGCCACCUCUGAGGAUGAGGAACGCUGUGACCCAGUUUAGUGAACCAACUGCAAAUACAUGCCUUAUGCCUCUAGUCAGUCUAGUCAAACACUGUGUACUUGCAAAUACUGCUAGCUCACACUGGUCUUCUGUAUGGACACUAUCAUUUUAAUGUCAGCAUGUCUUAAUCUGUGACUGCCAUCACUUGUAGCGCAUCUGGGAACUAUUAUUUUGUCCUAGCCUACAGGUGCCACAUUACUUACUGGGAAUAGUAGUUCCUAACCACCAUUAAUGUAAUGUGUAAUACAAAUGGCUCCGUACUUGAAAUAAAGUAUUUCCUUGUACUGGAGAGGUAUUACUUGAAUCAAUCUAAUAUGUGGUGAUCACAAAGGUAAGGGGCUUCAUGUAGUUAUAACCGUCAUGUGACUUUGAUAUCGAUAAUGGUUGGUCACCAUGGCGAUGACUGUUCACGUUUUGUUAGUGUUGUCAGGGUUUAUAAAUCUUUGCAUUUCUAAUCAUUACAUAUUUACAGAUGUCCCUAAUAAUUAUUGUAAAACUAGAUUACAUUGUGUGAAAAUCUACACAAGAUGAUUUUCAUGCAGGUACUAUAUUCUGAUGCAAAAUAUGGGUACCAGUGACCAAAUAACAUAUUUUCUAACUGAAAACAAUUGAACAAACCUGAAGCGACUUAAACUCAAGAGAUUUCUGCAAAUUUAAAUGCACAGUUUCUAUUUAUUUGUUGGAUUUACCUUGCUGGAAAAAAAGGUAAAUGUGGCGUGCAAAAGUAUGGACACCCUUGCAGAUGAUUCGUUAGAGAUUUCUUUGUAAGGUCUCACAACAUUGUCUCACUCUCAAUUGAAUUUUUAGUCAUUAAUCUAUGUCUAGAUUUGAUAGUUCCAGAAGUUGGUAAAUUAUCUGACCUCUUAGGGUGGUUUGCUUCUGUUCAACAGCCAUGGUUUCUUCGAAACAUCUCACCGUGGGUCAGAGAAUAAGGACAAUUCAUUCAGAGAAUAAGGAUAAUUCAUUCUUACAAAGCAGGGGACGUUUUUAAAAUAUAUCUAAACAUUUCCUGCUUGCACUUUCCACAAGACAAAAUGGCAUUAAGGGGUGGAAUGUUAAGAGGAAUUGUUGAAGCGAAGGUAAUAUCUGAAAGACCAAGAUUAAUCUCCAGUAGAACUACUCAAAGAGUGGUUAAGAAAGCAAAAUAAAACUCUCCCAUAUCACUGCAAAGGAAGUGCAGGGAGAUUUAGAUAGCAAUGGAGUAAUGCUAAUGUAAUAGUGUCCAAUCUCCAGCAAGGCUUGCACACAUAUUUGCAUUGGAGGGCCAGUAGAAGGAAACCUUACCUGCAAUCUCAUCACAAAACUAAACAACUUAAAGAGACAGUAAAGUAAAUUUACUUAAAGGGACAUAAUGCUCAUAUGCUAAAUCACUUGAAACUAAUGCAGUAUAACUGUAUAAAGCUGACAGGAAAAUAUCACCUCUAUGUAAAAAAGGAAGAUAUUUUACCUCACAAUCUCCUCAGCUUAGCACAGCUCAGCAGAGUAAGUUCUGUGUAAAAAGUUAUACUCAGCUGCAGGUAAAAAAUAAAAUAAAAAAUGAAGAAAUGAACAGCAGUCAAUCAGCAUCAGCAGUGCUGAGGUCAUGAACUCUUACUGUGAUCUCAUGAGAUUUGACUUAACUCUCAUGAGAUUUCAUAGUAAGCUUCCUUUACCUGAUUGGUGAAAUAAUAUGAGCGUUCACGAGGCUCAUCCUUUCAGCUGUCCCAGGACAGACACACUAAAAUGCUGCUUAGAAAUCCUUUACAAUGGGAGGUGGCUACUGAGGAACUUUUGAGGUAAAAUAUCUUUCUUUUUUACAUAGAGAUGUUCAGGUGAUAUUUUCUAGUCAGCUUUUUACAGCUAUGCUGCAUCACUUUCAAGUGUUUAAACAUUUGGGUAUUAUGGCCCUUUAAUUCCCUAGAUAUCCUUUGUUCCAGGAGCAGCAAUGAGAGCCAGCGGAACACAUUGAGUAAUUCAAAAACAAGAAGGCAUAUAUGGGCAGCUACAAAUCAUCAGCUAGCUCCCAGUAAACUGCUUCUCCUGAGCUUACAUAGGUGUGUUCUUCAAUAAAGGAUGUCAAAAGAACAAAGGGCUUUUGAUAAUAGAGAAAAGCAGCGUAUGUUUUUAAUGCAAGAUAUUAAUAUCCUGUAUUAUUAAUCUUGUCUCUAAACCAAAGCCAUGUCAAAAUAAAAAAAUAAAAAAAUUAUUUUUUUUACAACAAACUUUAUAAUGAAUAAUGUUACAGUAUAAUGCAUAUAAAUUACACAUCAUACACACAUGUACCGUAUACACAUAAUGCCCCAGCUAAAAUGUAUGACUAAUUUACAAGUUCUUUUGGAAGUGAAAUGGUUAUUUUCACAUACACAAAUUGAUAUUUAUCUUUCACAUUGAACAACAGUAUCAGUGUAAACACUUGUAUUGUAAGGGAUAUUCAUUAUGGCCAUUGUUUUAGUGAUUUGCAUUUGUUACGGUGUAUCUGGUAGGUUUCUGGUAACUUCUCAAUGGGAAUCAUGGUUUACUUUCAGCUCUAGUAACUUGUACUUGAGCAUGAAAAUUAUGCUUUCAAUUUGUAAUAUGCAUUUAGUACAAUAUAGUGCAAAACAAUGCUUAAAUUAAAUGUCAACUUUCAGGAAUCGGUGCUCGUUUUUUAAAAAAAAAAAAAAAGAUUAAAAACAGGGGCACUUUCAUUCAUGAAAGUUUACAUUGCACCGGAUUUUACAAAUACCUUCUUCUCCUGAAACACUGGAUCGCUGAUCGCCCCGCCUGCUUCUUCCUGCUGUACUAACACAGCAAUGACAAAACCGGCUUCCUCCAAUCACAGCGUAGCCUAACCAGAUAAACGCUCCGGGGGGGGAAAGCCACAAUUGGAGAGAGCUGAUUUUGUCAUUGCUGACGAAGUACAGAGGAGCUGUAGGCGUGGGAUCGGCGAUCCGGUGUUUCAGGAGAAGAAGGUAAGUAUUUGUAAAAUCCGGUGUAAUGUAAACUUUCAUGAAUGAAAGUGCCCCUGUUUUUAAUAGUUUUUUCUACUGUGUGAAAUCACAGUAGAAAAGUGUAUUCCAGAAAAUUUAGCGCUAGAUAAAGAAAUUAAACUACGAAGAAUGGAGGAUUCAGACCAAUAGGUUUAGGCAGUAAAUUGAUGAAAUGGCAAAAGAGAAAUAUAUGCAAGCUAAAAAAAGAAAAUCAUUGUCCUAAAGGUUUUAUUAUAUAUAUGUAUAUAUAUAUAUAUAUAUAUAUAUAUAUAUAUAUAUAUAUAUAAAUCUACCCCCUAGUCUUUCUACAGUCCGUAUUCAACAUAGCAAUUAGGCAAUUAUAUAACUAAGUUCCUUAUUGAAUCUUUCUCAUACCAAAAUGUAAAAUAGGAACUGGAUAAACCUGUAUGUGCAAGCUAGAGUCAGUUGGAAGUGCUAUAAGCUAUGACAGUUUUGAGCCUGGAUUAUCAUCUAUUUUCAUAUUUUCAUUUUUUUUCUUUUGUUUAAAAAUAUCCAAGAGUUUGCCAAAGUGUUCUUUUUUAUAAAGAAAAUAGGGGAGAUGGCUGUAAAAAAACAAGCGGAAUGCAAGUACAAAUUUACUUAUUUUUAACAUUUCUCUUUUUGAAAGGUAAAUACAUUUAUAUAUAAAAAAAUCUGUUAUAUUUUUGGAAAUCACAAGAGACUGAUAGAAAAAUAUGUAUUAAAUGUACAAUACAAUUGCAUUAACAGAUUGUAUAUAAUGUGUAUGUUUAAAAAUAAAUAAAAAAAAAUGUUAGUUAAA